AUGUUAGUGUCUCUGUUUCUUGUUCUAUUUAUAUUACCAAUCAUCGGUAGUCAAUGCACAAACUACUGUUCCAGUAUACGCUCUAAAGUGCCAUUGUCAUUAAGAAAAUCGGGCACAUUGACCGUGUACCAACUCGAUGGGAAUCAACCAAUUUCGUUUUCAAAUAAUAACACCGGUUUCGGUGUGGAUUUAAUGAAUAAAAUUGGACAGACACUCAAUUUAAAAGUAAAAUUUGUCACCAUACCAUUUUCUGUACUUAUCUCGACUCAACAAAAACAAGUAUAUAGCACAAGUAUAUCGUUCAUAUUUAAUACACGUGAACGAGCGAAACGUAUAAGCUUUGUUGGAGGCCUUAAAUCAGGUUUUGCAUUUUUUGUUCGUCUGACAAGUAAUAUAACCAUUUCUAAGUUAACGGAUCUAUGUGGUUUAACCGUUGUUAUUGUGAAUGGAUCGGCAAUACAAGUUUUAAUAAAACAUCUGUACGAAACAUGUCCAGUUCAAAAACCGAUCAAAAUUAUUGCUAUGAAUGGUUAUGACGAAAUAUUCAUGGCAGUCAGCGUUAAUAAAGUGGCAGAUAUCGGUAUAACCAAUGAACUGAGAGGUACUUAUUCUGUUAAAAACUUUUUUUCUAAAAGUUUAAAAGUGCUGCCGUUUCGUUAUGAAAUACUCGAAUCUGGUCUUACCUGUUCCAGAGGUAGUCCACUCUGUUGUGUUCUUACUCAAGCAAUGAAUAGACUCAUUUAUGACGGUAUAUACGAUAAACUCAUUCGAAAAUGGGAUCUACAUCAAAACAAACUGUGUAUUUCGCUGUUAAAUCGUAGAGAUUUUUGUCCAUGUGAUUAUCCUUGUGCUUAG